AUGAAAGCCGCUCGCUACCACGGGCAGCGUGAUCUUCGCCUUGAAAAUGAUGUCCCGGUGCCAGAGAUUGAGAAGGGACAGGUCCUGGUGGAGAUUGAGUGGUGUGGUAUAUGUGGCUCAGAUCUCCAUGAAUACCUCGUUGGUCCACGUACCAUUCCCGUCACGCAGAAGCCGCAUCCCCUGACGGCAGCGAGCUUGCCCGUCACCAUGGGCCACGAAUUCUGUGGUCGAGUCAGUCAAAUUGGGGCCGGUGCCGCGAGUCGACUCAAGGUCGGCCAACCUGUCAUGGUUGAUCCUCGUCUAUACUGCGGGUCGUGCGACUGCUGCAAAUCAUCUCGGACAAACGUGUGCUCCCGUUGGGGUUUCCUGGGGCUUCACGGUGGAGGAGGUGGUGGCUUUUCUGAAUUCGUCGCGGUCAAUGAAGACAUGUGCUAUGUCUUGCCUGAUUCGGUGGCACUGUCUCAAGCGGCACUGAUCGAGCCGUUGACCGUGGCUCGACACGCAAUGAAGUCGUCGGGAUUCAAGGCUUUUGAGAACCUGAACGUCCUUGUACUCGGUGGUGGACCCAUCGGUUUAGCGGUCAUCUUGAACCUGAGAGCAUGUAACACUGCUCAAAUUUUUGUUUCGGAGCCCACGGAGAAAAGGGCAAACCAGACCAGAGAAUUUGCGGACAAAGUGUUCAAUCCGAGGCUGGUAGAUGUGGCAGAAGAGUGUCUCGCUUCGACAGCCGGGAAGGGGGUCGAUCUGGUUGUCGACUGCGCCGGCCUCAUGCCUGCUUUGAAAGAUGGCAUGAAGGCACUGACCCGUGGGGGGACGUAUUUGAAUGUGGCGGGCUGGGAAACCGAUUUGAUCAUGCCGUUGGGGGAUUUCGCCCUCAAAGAAUGCGUCUUUCGCACAUCCAUGUCAUACACGGACGAAGACUUUCGUGAGACCGUGGACGCGUUCGUUUCCGGGAAGUACCAGGGAUUUGAAAAACUGAUCUCCGGCCGCAUUCUUUUGGACGACCUGGUAACAAAGGGAUUUGAGGAGUUGAUCAGGCAUAAAGACGACCAUGUCAAGAUCUUGGUGACUCCCAAGCACGAAUUACUGAAGGACGCAUGA